UUGGAACAUAAGAACCUCUUCUGGAGGCGAGAGGUUAGAAAGCACAGGAUUCUUAGGCGAGGAGCCUACUGCAUCCUCUGGCUCCAGCCAAGCUCAGCAUCCGGAACUUGCUGCAGCUGGGAAUCAGGGAGAGGAAGAUGCUCAAGGUGUCAGCCUUAUUGUGUGUGUGUGCAGCGGCUUGGUGCAGCCAGACUCUUGCAGCUGCCGCGGCGGUGGCUGCGGCCGGGGGGCGAUCGGACGGCGGUAAUUUUCUGGAUGAAAAACAAUGGCUCACCACAAUCUCUCAAUAUGACAAGGAAGUCGGACAGUGGAACAAAUUCCGAGACGAUGAUUACUUCCGCACUUGGAGUCCAGGAAAACCAUUUGAUCAAGCUUUAGAUCCAGCUAAGGACCCAUGCCUGAAGACAAAAUGUAGUCGUCACAAAGUCUGCAUUACUCAGGAUGCUCAGACUGCACUCUGCAUCAGUCACCGGAGGCUCACACACAGUAUGAAAGAAGUAGGAGGAAGCCAUAAGCAGUGGAGAGGUCUCCUGUCACCCACCUGUAAGCAAUGCCCUGUGGCCUAUGCCAGCCCAGUUUGUGGUUCAGACGGACACACCUACUCUUCACAGUGCAAACUGGACUAUCAGGCAUGUGUCUUAGGAAAACAGAUCUCUGUCAGAUGUGAAGGGCGUUGUCCAUGCCCAUCCGAUAAGACCACCAGCACAGGUAGAACUGCUAAGAGAGCAUGCAGUGACCUGGACUUCAGAGAAGUGGCCAACAGACUGCGUGACUGGUUCAAGGCUCUUCAUGAGAGUGGAAUCCAAAACAAGAAGACAAAAGUGCUGCUGAGGCCCGAGAGAAGCAGAUUUGAUACCAGCAUUUUGCCAAUUUGCAAGGAUUCACUUGGCUGGAUGUUUAAUAGGCUUGAUACAAACUACGACCUGCUAUUGGAUCAGUCAGAACUUGGGAGCAUAUACCUUGAUAAGAACGAACAGUGCACCAAGGCGUUCUUCAAUUCUUGUGACACAUACAAGGACAGUUUGAUAUCUAACAAUGAAUGGUGCUAUUGUUUCCAGAGACAGCAAGACCCCCCAUGCCAGACAGAGCUCAGCAACCUUCAGAAGCGACAGGGGAUAAAGAAGCUCCUAGGACAGUACAUCCCACUAUGUGAUGAAGAUGGUUACUACAAGCCAACACAAUGCCAUGGCAGUGUAGGGCAGUGCUGGUGUGUUGACAGAUACGGAAAUGAAGUCGUAGGAUCCAGAAUAAAUGGUGUUGCAGACUGUGCUAUAGAUUUUGAGAUCUCUGGAGAUUUUGCAAGUGGAGAUUUCCGUGAAUGGAAUGAUGAUGAAGGUGAAGGAGAUGACAUUAUGAGUGAUAAGGAUGAUAUUGAAGAUGAUGAUGAGGAUGAAGGAGAUGAUGAUGAUGAUGAUGGCGAUGACCAUGAUGGAUAUAUCUGAUCAGUGACAUCAACAAAUUCUACAUUUUUAAUAUUUAAAAAAUGAUAGUAUACUGAGAAUUUCCUUGUUAUUCCUAAACAAAGUGAUUCUAAACCCCACAUAUAUUUUGUAUAAUCAUUUCAAAUAUUGAAUCUAAAACCAUAGAACAUUUAGAACAUUAUGUUUAAGUAAGAAUUGUUUGAUUUCAGUUUUUAUAUGCCUUAGAAAAAAAGAAAACACAUACAGAUGGUAGCCUGAAUAUAGAAAGUUGUGAAGAUUACUGUAACAAGAUUUUCAUAAAAACACAAUAUGUAAUUGUUCCCAAAACAAAAUAACAAUGAAUGUGUGCUUGGUAUCAUAUGUGUUGCGUUUAUGACAGAUUUCAUAAGUUAAAUUUAUAAUAAUUUAUUAAUAACCUGAACCACAAGUGUUCAUGGCAUGAGCCACAGUUAAUGCAUAAUGAUAGUUGCAAGUCAACUUUGACAUCUUCCCAAAACUUGUAGUCGGAAUAGUAAGAAAGAUGACAAAUGGUAAAACAAAAUGACCACAACUGAAUAUUUAUUUAGUGGUGAUUUUUAACUUAUGAAGUUCUUCAGCAUAUUAUUAGAUACUUUAUGCAAUGUGAAGUUUAGAAAGACCAUGGAUUCUGAAAGUUAAAACGCUUAGUUUUCCUUCCUAAUGUUUAAUUUAAGUUGAAUCACUUAUCACUUGGAUUUUUAAAAAUAUUCUUAAACAGAAUCAUCUCUACAUUUCUCUAUCUUUCUGUCCAGAAAUCAGG